UUUCCGCGCAAGCGCAUUUGCGACCUGCCGUUACCAUAGCGACGAGGCCUCCCGGUAGGCAAAUCCUAGCUGCCUUGACAACAUCCCUGGGCAUCUGCAGCUCCGGAGGUCCUGGAAACUGACGGCCUUUGCAGAACUCGGCCCGUGGUGUAGUUCCCAUCAUUCUCCAGAAGCCACCCAACAGCAAGGAGUUGUAAGAAAGUCCUUACGAGUUUCGCCAAUAACUUCAGUCUGGAGUGAAUCCGAUGUGUCUGCUUACUAGCCAGAAUCCAUCUCUUGUGUAACUUGACAGUCAGUAGCAGACACCAUGUUGUACUGGAAUUGAGCCCAGGACCUUGUACAUGCCAGAUAAUCCUCGUAGGAGAAAGAAGAUAGAGGAUUUCAGUGAAUUAUGCCUUUUCGGUUUGGGACCCAGCCAAGGAGGUUUCCAGUGGAAGGAGGAGAUUCUUCAAUUGGGCUAGAACCAGGCCUGAGCGCCAGUGCUGCCUGUAAUGGGAAAGAGACAUCACCCAAUAGGCAACUCCGAAGAUGCCCUGGAAGUCAUUGCCUGACAAUAACUGAUGUUCCCAUCACCGUCUAUGCAACAAUGAGAAAGUCAUCUGCACCGAGCAGCAAGGAAAUGCAUCCCAAAUAGCACCAUUAAGUCUUGUGUCGAGGGUUGACUAGGUCAAGGGUAAUGGACCAGCAUCAUCUUAUGGUCUGUCUGGUAAACAAAUAAAGGUGGAGGCACUACGUGGGCAAUGCCAA